AUGGCCUGGACCCCACUCCUCCUGGGCCUCCUGGCUCACUGUACAGGUUCUGUAUCCUCCUAUGAGGUGAAUCAGCCGUCCUCAUUAUCUGUGAACCCAGGAGGGGAGGCCAAGAUGACCUGUGCGGGAGACAACAUUGGAGGCAAAAGUGUUUCCUGGUACCAGCAGAAGCCAGGCAAGGCCCCAGUGCUGGUCAUCUACAGGGAUAACAAGCGGCCCUCAGGGAUCCCUGAGCGCUUCUCUGGCUCCAACUCUGGCAGCCUGGCCACCCUGACCAUCACAGGAGUCCAGGCUGAGGAUGAGGCCAACUAUUACUGUGCAGCAGCUGGUAGCAUUGAGGGCAGCUGGCAUGGGACUUUGUCACUGUGUUGGGUGUUCGGCGGAGGAACCAAGCUGACUGUCCUUGGUCAGCCCAAGUCUGGACCCUCAGUCACUCUCUUCCCACCCUCCUCGGAGGAGCUCACUGAAGCCAAAAAGGCCACACUGGUGUGUCUGAUGAAUGACUUCUACCCCGGUCAUGUGACGGUGACUUGGAAGGGAGAUGGCACCACCAUCGACCAGGGCGUGGAGACCACCAAGCCUUCCAAACAGAGCAACAACAAGUAUGCGGCCAGCAGCUACCUGAGCUUGACGCCCGACAAGUGGCAAUCUUACCGUGCGAUCAGCUGCCUGGUCACUCACGAAGUCAGCACCGUGGAGAAGACAGUGGCCCCUUCAGAGUGUUCUUAGGGCCCUUAGAUGCCACCAAAGUCACCUUCCUCACCCAGAUACCCUUUCACAGAUCUCACCUGGAUCCCUGAAUCCCCUACCCAUAUACCCUUCUAUGUAAUUACUGCUCCCAAAUAAAAGACUUAAUCAUUUAUCAUCA